AUGACUCUGUCCCCUCUGCCUCAUCCGCAAGCAUUCCCCGCGUCCCCGUCAACAGGACCUCGCAAACGCUCUUUCCACGAAGUCGACGACGUAGCUAUGGCUUCCCCGGGUGCCAAGCGUACCCUGACUGAGUUCAAUGGUGAGAACCAGGAGAAUCGAGACCCGUCUCUUUUGGCCAAGCCGGAUGAGAUCAUGUCCCAAUCAGAUGAAUCGAAUGAGAAACUCCCCCCUCCUCCCACGGUGGAAAUCACUGUGAAACCCUAUGAUGGCUCUGCCAUCAACUUUGCCGAUACACCCUCUGGUCAAUUGGACACAGAGAAGAAAUCCUCGGCCGUUGGCAAUGUGCAUCAGGCUGACUCUGCCGCUGCUCCUGCGGCUAAGAAGCGAAAACUGUCUCCAUCUAGCAAGGAGUCAAAGCAACACGAGAAGGAAGAAAAGGAGCGCCAGAAGGCCGAGGAAAAGUUGAAGAGGGAAGAGGAGAAGGCCAGAAAGGAAGAAGAGAAACGCCUUAAGGCCGAGGAGAAGAAAAAACGCGACGCUGAACGUGAGGAGGAGAAGCGCGCCAAAGAAGAGGAGAAGCGGAAGCGUGAGACAGAACGUGAGGAGGAACGAAAGCAACGUGAAGAAAAGAAAAAGGCCAAGGAAGAAGAAAAGGCUGCCAGAGAGGAAGAGAAGCGCAAGCGAGAAGAAGAAAAGAUGAAGAAGUCUAGGUCGCAAAUGAAAUUGAACUCUUUCUUUGCGAAACCGCCAGGCUCCUCGGCACCUGCUUCGAAUGGCAACCCUUUUACUUCACCGAGCAAGUCGUCAGUCAUCAGUGAGACUGGCGCGGCAGAUGCCCCUCACAGCGUACUAUCAGACUACCGCCGAGAGUUCCCUGACUUUUUCGUCCAAUCUCAUACCACCUUGGCUCCUACACAUCGAUUCGAGCGCGACUCAGAGGCUCUUAAGCAUGUCCGCCAGACCGUUGAUGCGUUCCUGGCUCACCCACAAGAACCGCAACCUUUCCACCCCUCCGAAGUUUUUCAUACUAUCCCUUAUCACCGUCGACGAGGUCUUCGAACCGCUACGGUGAAACAAAUCCUCCUGCAAAUGCAGGAUGCCAGUGAUGCCACGACCCAGCUGGGUGAGAAUCACAAGUCAACGGCUGAUUCCAAACCGCAUGACCUUCUGCGCAGGAUCCCCAUGAAGUCUCUCAAGUUCAGCGAGGAUGUCCGCCCGCCUUACCAGGGAACCUAUACACGUGUUGUGUCUGAGGGUUCAGCCAAGAAGCUUUCUCGCAACCCUUACCAUCGGGGGCUGCCGGACACCAACUACGAAUAUGACUCCGAGGCCGAAUGGGAGGAACCUGAAGAGGGUGAGGACCUGGAUUCGGAAGAAGAGGAAGAAGGGAGUGACGAGGGAGACGACGAUCUUGAUGGGUUCUUGGAUGACGAAGACGAUGCCUUCGCCGGAGGCAAGCGGCGCUUGAUAGUAGGUGAUCUGGAGCCGGUCUGCAGUGGAAUUCAGUGGGCAGCCGACGGCGUGGAUCCCGAGUUCAAGAACUACCAGAUCGAGACCAUCUCGGACGCGGUCAGAUUCCCUAUCGACCCAUUCUCCACCGCAUACUGGCAGAGGCCCCGAGCCACCGAUCAAGGUCCGACCAAGGGGCGAGCCGUGCCGAGCCCUCUGAACAUUUCUCAAACUCCCCCGUCUCUCGAUGGACCGACCGUUGGCGGGGCAUUGCCCCCAACUAUGUCCAAGUUGAAGCGACCUUUCCCGCCCGAUCAGCUGGAGGAGUUCAAGCAAGUGGUCGAAGGGAGUGACCUGAGCAAGAUUGGUGUGGUUGAAAUACUGAAGAAGCGGUACGUUUUGCCAUGGCUCCUUUUACCCAAGCUGGAAAACCUCUGGGCUCUGCUAAUCUCACCCGAUGCUUUUAGAUUCCCCAAGGUGUCGAAGGAGACGUUGAAGGCGACGCUUGACCAGGUCGCCGUCCGGGUUGGCAACAAAGAGGCCGACAAGAAAUGGGUUUGUCGUUGA